AUGGCGGGAGGACCGACGGGAGGCGAAGUGGAGGAGAGGCAGCGGAGCGACAUGAGCAGCUUGCCGAGCCACUAUGAUGCCUGUUGCACAGAGAGGAGGAGCGCUCGAGACGAGUCGCGCCGAGUCAAGCUUGUGCUGUCCUGCGGGAUCCUGCUGACCGCCCUUUUCCUUCUGGUGACGAUUGUGGUUCAGCAAAGCCAUGGACAGCGAGCGUACUUGGAAGAGGAUCUUUCUGCUCUAGGUGACCCAACGAAGUCGAGCUCUUCUUCUAUCAGACAGCUUGCUGACGAGCGGAUCAAUCACUGGAUGCAGCUCAAGCUGCCCAACCUGGAUGCCAACUUCUUGGAUAGCGCAGGCCGUCGAGGAUCUAGCUCCCGCCCUGUUCCGAUGUCCCAUGCAAGUAGCUCGGAAGAUUUUCAGGAGGAGAGAAAGAAGAUGAGGGAAGAGAUGAUCAAGUCGUUCUCAAGGAAGGCUGAAGAGAGCACUGCAGAGGCUCUUUCUUCCCAAGGCUCAAACAGCAUGACCUUUCCUACUUUAAGUGGAAUGGAAGGUACUUCCCAGCACUACGUUGUCCCGACAAUAUCUCCCCCGGAAGAGGCACAGGCAUCGCGUUCCAGGACAAGAGAGCAUGCAAGCCGACUACAAGCAUCUGCUCUUGCCUCCAAGAGGAAAGAGGAUGCUUCAGCGUCAGCGUUCGUUGGAGGAAAGUUCAGCUCGAAAGCAAGCAGCAUUGUUGAUGACCUCAUCUCAAAGUCCCUGGUCAUCUCAAAGUCCCUUGGAAAGAGCGACCAGAGCUUGAAGCGCAAUGCUCUCAACAGGAUCCAAGCCUACCAUCAAGCAGUGAGCAGCAGUGGGAGCAGCAGCAAUGUUAUUCAUUAUCCGGGGGAGAAUUCAGAUCGGUCAGACAAGCCAGAGACGAAGAGAUUUGCCAGGAGUCCGAGAGAGCAUCUCGACGAAGGAGAUAGCACGAGUGGAGGGGUGCAGGACCAUCUCUUUGAUCUCUACACAAGCAACAAGAAUGCACAAUCUUAUCUAAACCAGGAUGGAGGACGUCAUAGAGGCAUGGCUCAACUCUCAGCUCCCGCUAGCGUUGCCAUGGCCUCCUCCAGAGAUGACGUGGACACCGAUGGAGGAGGGGGGGAUCCGUUCAACAAUGCCCUUUUCAACAUUGUUCACGAUUGCUCCCUCGGUGGACCAACUUGCUGA